CAUUAUUACUUGUAUCUUUAAACCCAGUUCUUUUUUUAUAUUUAUCUUUAAACCCAAUUUCUAAAAUACAGUAGGUAAAAGACUAGUAUUUAUACAGAAUCAUGGAAAAAAACCCAAAAUACCCUUUCAUUAGCCCCAUAUAAACCAGUACUCUCUCUCUCUCUCUCUCUCUCUCUCUCUCUCUCUCUCUCUCUCUCUCUCUCUCUCUCUCUUCAUCUUCCCCUUUUCAACUCAGCCCCAAAUUAAAAAACAAAAAUCCCAUUCAUUCGAAAAUCAAAAGCCCCAAUUUCCAUCGCUCGCUGUCAUCGCUGUCGCUCGCCGCCUCGCUCUCGCCCGCCGCCCUUCGCCCACUGUAGCAUUCACCGUUGCCCUAGACCUCGACAUCGCCCAUUGCCGUCGUCCUCGACCUCGACUGGGAACUUGGAUUUUUCUCUUGUAUUUUGGACUCCAUCGCCGUCGCCCUUCGCCUGCCGUCGUCCAAGUAGCUGUUGUCGUCGACCUCGCCGUCGCCCGUUACACUGUAAGACUCAUAAUAUAGUAUCAUAUAAUUCUUCAAUCACGAGGAAUGCCAAGCUUAACUCGACAUACACUUCUGCUUCAAAAAAACUCGACAUACACUUUUUCAUGAUCUCUCACUGUAUGCUCAAGUGAUAUCGAGCAUCCUUGGCGCUCACCGCGCUUUGAUAUCUACAUAUGCAUUAGAGACGUUGAUUUUGUAUAUGUUCCAUCUCUUUAACAUGGCCCUUUGAUGGUCCUUUUUUGUAGGUUCUAUAUAGGUUUUUAGACUAUUAUAGCAAGUUUGAUUGAGAUAUGUAUUGCAUUAGUUUGUGUGGUCCUAUCUUAAUAUCAUCUCUACCAGAACUUCUGGGUAAGUUAUUUGAUAUAACUAUACUCGAAAUACGAUUGGAAAUUCGUUGUAAAUUUUUUCUUGAUCUUACUGUAUGCUCAAGUGAUAACGAGCAUUAGUAAUUUUGAUGUCAUGCCGGCUUAGUAAUUUUGUGUUUAGAUGCAAAUACACUUGGCAUAUGUUGGCAUUAUCUGUAAAGGAUCGAAAGUUUUAUCAUUACUCUUCUCUCCGCGGAUACAUGACUGAUGCUGUUGAUUUUAGAGUGAAGCUUAUUUCUACCAUUCCCAAUGAUUGGAAUUUGGAUAUUAUAUCUUGUCGUGAGAUAGAAAGUGUCGAUGUACCUCAACAACUCGGUAGCUUGGACUGCAAGGUGUUCUUGAUGUCAUACAUGUUCAGUCUCAUUUCCGGUCAACCAAUUUCAGUUGACCAAAAGGAUUGUGCAAGACAUAGAGUUCGUAUCGUUGCUAUAUUUCUAUCUGAAGAAUAUAAACGUGAUCCUCAAGCUAAUUUCCCCGGAUGCUAGUUGUCAACUGAGAUAUGCAAAUUUUUUGUGGUAUAUAAAUAUAUGUUUCGAGUAUGUAAGUAGAUAAUCUGAAAGUCUUUUGAGUGUUAUUUUGUGUGUAUAAAUAUAUGUUUGGAGCUUGAUUUGUAAAGUAUUGUUCUUAGUUUUUUA